CAUGUGUGCUUCUGAGUAUUUGUGAAAAAAGCGGCUGUUAUGUUUUUCCAAGUCAGAUACUGAAUGUCAAAUAAAAAACACCUGAAAAGGUAUUUCAAGCGUGGGACACACGAACAAAAGAGUCUUCCUUUUCCAGUUUUGAAACGCCAUCAAUUUUGCAUAAAUUACCUAUGAAAGCUUGAAAAAAGUGCUUUAUUUGAACUUUUUUUGAAGAUCUUGUUGGCAUAGGUACAUUAAAUUAAUUUUUUGUUGCAAUAUGAUCUACUUGUUACAAAUUUCUUCAGAUGGCAUUUUAGACUACCAAUAACUGAAAUAGUUUACGGUUUCACUCAUAAAAACCAAUAUUAAAAGAAAGCUUAAUUGCUGCUUCAUUAAGUUUCGCAAUUCAAAUAAACUCGAGACACUCGAUAUUAUUUAGAACAUCAAUUCGGACCUAAUUCAAAACCUAUAGUUUUUCACUUGACACAAUUAAUAGAUAUUUAUUUCUAGACAAUUUUUUAUCUUGCUCAAAGUUUUAAAAUGGCUACGGCAGAACAUCGCAACAGCAAUUCUACCGGGGGAGGGGGUAGAAGCAGUCCCCGGAAGAACUCCACAAUCACCCAAUUCGAGGGGGGCGAGGAUUUGUCGGAGGAACAGAUUCUGGAGAUCAAAGAGGCAUUCUCCAUAUUCGACUCAGAUGGAGACGGAGUUAUCACGCAGAAGGAGUUCUACAAGGCCCUGGAGGUGCUCGGGAGUCCGUUGACAGAGUCGGAGGCCCAGAUGGCACUGCAGGACAUGGACAUGGACGAGAACGGGAGAGUGGACUUCACUGAGUUCCUCACAUGUGUGGCCAACAAACUACAGGACGAAGCCUCAGAAGAAGAAAUCGUUCAGGCAUUCAAGGUGUUCGACAUCGACAACAACGGCACCAUCAGUGCAGAAGAGUUCAAGGCCAUAAUGACCUCGAGAGGAAACAAGAUGGAGGAGGCAGAGGUAAAUGAAAUGCUAUUAGCAGCUGACACCAAUAAGGAUGGAUUGAUAGACUACAGGGAAUUCGCCCGCAUGCUGGAUGGGGGCAGGGGUGCAUUCACACCCAUGGGACGUUCAGUCGCGUCAGAUCCAAAAUGAAUGUCUUUAUCCGGAAGGCAAAAACUAAAUGGCCCUUUUCAAAAUGCCGUCCAAGUUAUAUGAAUGGCUAAAAACUUUUGCUCGC